GCGCACCUAGUCGAAGCGGGUGAAUGCGCCGAAAUUUUCCACAAACAAUCGCUCAAAUCUCAUGUGUAUGGCACGCAUUUGGAGCCCGUUAAGUCGUGGACUAUGGAAAGCAAACAAUCUCCAGGUUCGACCUUCUGCCCCUACUUUAUCUCUCAGCUAUAGUGAUAUAUCAGUCGCCUUCACUGUGUCAGUGCGAAGUUUAUUUUCGUCGCGACGGCUGCAUUCUCCCCAGCCACCAUCUACACGAUAUUUCUCUAUUAAUAAAAGCGGCAUUUCGAGCGUCCAAAUGGCCUGUAGCAACCCGAAACAAGUCUGCAUUAUCGGCAGCGGAAACUGGGGUUCCGCCAUUGCCAGAAUUGUGGGCAGCAAUGCCCUUCGUUCGAAGAACUUUGACGAGCGAGUUACAAUGUACGUCUAUGAGGAAAUGUUUAAUGGCAAAAAGCUGACUGAAAUCAUCAAUGAAACUCACGAGAAUGUCAAGUACUUGCCAGGCCGCAAGCUGCCUCCCAAUGUGGUGGCGGUUCCCGAUGUGGUCGAGGCAGCUAAAGAUGCCGACGUUUUGAUCUUUGUGGUGCCUCAUCAGUUCAUUCGCACGCUGUGUGCGACACUUUUGGGCAAAAUCAAAUCGACCGCAAUCGCAUUGUCCCUAAUUAAGGGCUUUGAUCGAGCAGAAGGUGGCGGCAUCGAUCUGAUCUCGCACAUCAUCACCAGACACCUGAAAAUCCCGUGCUCUGUUCUGAUGGGGGCAAAUCUGGCAAACGAAGUGGCCGAUGAAAUGUUCUGCGAAACCACCAUUGGGUGCAAAGAUGCAACGGCCGGUCCGCUCCUGCGGGAAAUCAUUCAAACCAACUACUUCCGAGUGGUGGUGGUGGACGAUGAAGACACUGUGGAAGUUUGCGGCGCCCUAAAAAACAUCGUGGCAUGCGGAGCGGGCUUUGUAGACGGCUUGGGGCUGGGGGACAAUACCAAAGCGGCCGUUAUUCGUCUAGGGCUGAUGGAGAUGGUGAAAUUCGUCGAUGUUUUCUAUCCAGGCGGGAAGCUGGCUACGUUCUUUGAGAGCUGCGGGGUAGCCGAUCUGAUUACCACUUGCUACGGGGGGCGCAACCGGAAAGUCAGCGAAGCCUUUGUGCGUACUGGAAAGUCCAUCAAAGAGCUGGAGGACGAGAUGCUCAAUGGGCAAAAGCUGCAAGGGCCGUACACUGCGGAAGAAGUCAGCUACAUGCUCAAGAUCAAGGGGAUGGAAGAACAGUUUCCCUUGUUCACGGCCAUUCACAAGAUCUGCACAGGUCAGCUGACGCCCAAAGACUUCAUUGACUGCAUCCGGAACCAUCCGGAGCACAUGGGUUCUAGAGUCGAUUACUCAAAUCUGGAAGCCUUAGACAUUGAAUGCCAAAACAGCAAACUCUAAGACACUUCAUAACCAUUUGUUUGUGAUCAGCAUGGCAUUUUUUUCUUAUAUAAGGACUAGCUUUAUGUGCAUCGUGUACAUCUGGUCAACAGCUUGACCAGUUGUAUGCGGAUCGCGUCUUGCCAUUAAUUAGGGAUUACUCUUAUUAUCAGAAAACAUCAACUGAGCAGAUGCUUUGUAACUGACCGAUUACUAACUACCCUUAUAGGUGUGGGAGCAAAGAAACCCCUAAGCGUUGCUUGGUUCCUUUGCUCCAACAAGGGAUUUUCCGAUCACUGGUACCAUUCUUAAUGCACCUUUUGUUUUACAGGGUAAAAACGUGUGGAGUUUGUUUGUCGCUUCCUCAAUAGCUUUCCUAAGCAAUUUUUCUUAGUUCAUGAAAAUAUAAAGCAGAACGACGUGUAGUUGGCAAGAGAUCGAAGCUUUAAGCACUACCUAGAACGUGCGUUCAAUGUUUCUCUGUUGAUGCGUUAAGAUUAAAGUUGAGCCAGUUGUUUAAUUGAGCAUUUGUGUGAGAACGCCAAAAGAGAGUGUUUUUGAGGCACAAACCGAUUGUGCUGGUUUUAUUCGACUGGCGCCAUGUACAUAUCAUAAGUGCAAUAUAUUGUUAAUCAUAAGGUUGAGGAGUUCGGGCUCUCAAUGUAACGUUUCAAAGGCCAUGUUGAAACACCCGCCUCCUCUAGUUGCCUUCGGCAAUAAAUUAUGUAUUUAAUAACACGGAGUUUAUUGGAAACACGCCAGACUUUGGUCAGGCAGUUUUGAAAUGAAUCCAUUGUAAAAGUC